AUGAGGUUUCUAUCGCGACGACAGGUUCCAGCCAAAAACCAGGAUAAUUCAAAAACCUUCCCGUCUGGUAUCAAACUGUUCUACGCCCCAGAUAACGGAGAUAUCGACAUUAUAUUUAUCCACGGUCUUACCGGCGAUCGCGAUGCGACGUGGACUGCCAGUGACGCGACCGAUCCCUGGCCCAAAACCCUCCUACCACCUAUAAUUCCGACAGCCCGCAUCCUUACCUUCGGAUACGAUGCAAAUGUUGCCGACUGGAAAGGAGUUGUGUCGCAGAGUCGUAUCGCCAACCACGCGGGGAAUCUGCUAACCUCUCUCUCAACGUACCGAGAGAACGACGACACGAAUGAACGACCAAUUAUAUUUGUCUGCCAUAGCUUAGGAGGGUUGGUCUGCGAGGAUGCCUUGCUCGCAUCGAACCAACGCCCCGAGCGGCACCUCCGUAAUAUCCUCCAUUCCACCCGCGGUAUUAUCUUUCUCGGCACACCGCAUCAUGGAUCUGGCCUUGCUAGAUGGGCGGAGGCCUUAUCCCGAUCCAUCGGCCUCGUGAAAAAGACAAAUUCCAAAAUAGUCGGUGUGCUCAACCGCGAUUCCGAGGUGCUUGCCCGGAUUCAAGACAGCUUUCACACGAUGGUCAAGGCACGAAGCUCACAAAAGCUACCGCCGAUUGAGAUUACUUGCUUCUACGAGGAAAUGCCUUUGCCGGGCAUUGGUUUAGUUGUACCACAGGAUUCAGCAAUCCUGCCAGGCUACAUCCCCAUCGGAAUCCACGGCAACCAUAUAGAUAUGACUAAGUUCACUGGUUCGACUGACCCUGGACUUUUGGCUGUUUGUGGAGAGAUGAGACGGUGGAUUAAAGACCUAAAGACAGGUAACAAGUACCACACGAAUCAGCUACUGCUGGACUCUACUCUAGAUGAGGACCCAGGUCAAGCCAAGCAGUAUAGUGAGAACAAUCCUCAGUACAAUAGCCUCGGGGGCAUGCGGAAAAUCGAAGCCGGUUCUUACCAUGAGGUCAAUGGUAAUCAGCAUCAGCAAUUCGCCUAUCAUAUAAUCCCCUUCCCCCGAAACGAUGAUAUAGUCGACCGCACCGCUAUCAUCGCCAAGGUCAACGCCUUCUUUCAGUCCACUGAAUCCCAUAGCGCUGCCCUUUGGGGUCUCGGCGGAUCCGGGAAAACUCAGGUAGCGCUCGAACUCGCCUGGCGCCAAAGCCAAAGCAAGGAUCCUGCGUGUUCCGUAUUUUGGGUCCAUGCUGAUAACCAGGCGACGUUCGCACAGGACUACAAGGCUAUCGCGGGCAAGCUAGGCCUCCCAGACGACCUCGACGGCGAAAAGCUUCUCACGGCAGUGCGUGACCGUAUCGAGAGCCAGCCACGUUGGCUGCUUGUUCUCGAUAAUGCCGACGAUCUAGCAGUCUUCGGUGUCAGCCGGGCAGUGAGUUCGGUGGAUAAACCCCCAAGCCUAGACAGCUAUGUACCAAAAGGAGCUAGCGGAAAGGUGCUGUGGACGAGCCGGGAUAAACAGAUCGUUGGUACCCUUGUCGGUGCGCAGUGUGGUAUUCAGGUCGGCCGUAUGAGUACUGAUGAGGCGAUCCGUCUCCUUGGGAAAUUGAAGAACGGCAAAUACGAAGUAAGCAGUGCAGAGGAGAGCGAUACAAGAAAAUUGCUUGAAGAGCUCCAGUGGCUACCACUAGCCAUAUCGCAGGCCGGUGCGUUUAUGAGGCGAAGAUCAAUGCCAGUAGGGCAAUAUCUAUCUCGACUAUUAGCAGGACAGGAUCGAUGGCGAGUCCUUAAAGCGGAGCAGUUCGAUCGGCACCGACGGCGUGAUGUUCCGAACAGUGUUUUAGAGACGUGGAGCAUAUCCGUCGAGCACAUCCGGGAAGAAGACGAAAUGGCGUAUAGGAUCCUCCAGGUCAUUGCGUACGUCAACAACCAAAACAUCCCGAUUGAGCUUAUGGCGGCAGUGGAUACGCUAGGCAACGAGAGACAGGAGCCUUGGUCCCUUGAGAGCCAAGAUAAGUUCAUGGAAUCUAUCACGCGGCUAAGAGAAUUUUCAUUUCUCAGUAUACGUGAGGAAGAAGGGGUUGUGCCGCAGUACGAGAUACAUAAGCUUGUGCAAGAGGCUACACGAUACGGGCUCAGUGUGAGGAGCACGGAAGAUGCGGCAUACUUCUCGAAUGUGGCGCUACAGGUUGUGACAAGGCUUUUUCCUCAGUCAAAGCCGGAGACGUGGCGGGAAUGCGAGAAGUACGUUACCCAUGCGGUGGAAUUGGGUAAGUGGGCGGAGGUUUGUAAGAGGGGCAUAGAGGUAUCGGAUCUUUUGGCCCGGGUUUCGGACUAUUUCUACGACCGUGGUAGGUGGAUAGAUAAGCAGCCGGUCGAUGAGAGGACGUACGAACUGCGACAGCAGGUGCUCGGCGAGAAACAUCCCGACACAAUCCAGAGUUUAGCGAACCUUGCAAGCACCUACUACGCACAGGGCCGGUAUAGGGAGGCGGAGCCGAUGGAUAUCAAGGCCAUAAAGCUACAGCGGCAGGUUCUCGGCGAGAAACAUCCCGACACAAUCCAGAGUUUAGCAAACCUUGCGGUCACCUACCACGCACAGGGCCGGUAUAAGGAGGCUGAGCCGAUGGAGGUCAAGGUCUUGAAGCUACGGCAGCAGGUGCUCGGCGAGAAACAUCCCGACACAAUCCAGAGUUUAGCAAACCUUGCGGGCACCUAUCACGCACAGGGCCGGUAUAAGGAGGCUGAGCCGAUGGAGGUCAAGGCCUUGAAGCUACGGCAGCAGGUGCUCGGCGAGAAACAUCCCGACACAAUCCGGAGUUUAGCAAACCUUGCGGGCACCUAUCACGCACAGGGCCGGUAUAAGGAGGCUGAGCCGAUGGAGGUCAAGGCCUUGAAGCUACGGCAGCAGGUGCUCGGCGAGAAACAUCCCGACACAAUCCGGAGUUUAGCAAACCUUGCGAGCACCUACCGCGCACAGGGCCGGUAUAGGGAGGCUGAGCCGAUGGAGGUUAAGGCCUUGAAGCUAUACCAGGAGGUGCUCGGCGAGAAACAUCCCGACACAAUCUGGAGUUUAGCAAACCUUGCGGGCACCUACCACGCACAGGGCCGGUAUAGGGAGGCUAAGACGAUGGAGGUUAAGGCCUUGAAGCUAUACCAGGAGGUGCUCGGCGAGAAACAUCCCGACACAAUCCUGAUUUUAGGAAACCUUGCGGGCACCUACCACGCACAGGGCCGGUAUAGGGAGGCUAAGACGAUGCAGGCCCGGGCCUCGGAGCUACAAGAGCAGGUCAAAGCCUCGGAGUUGCGGGGGCAGGUUCUCGGCGACGAAGAUCCCGAUACAAUUUAG